GUGAAUUUCAAGACCACCAACCUCUCCAUUUCGCAAGACGCAUACUAGUUGAAGGGACGAUUUUCUUGUGAGCUGGGAAACUGCAAACUACAAGCUACUGCAUCAAUCUUCCCCAAUCUUUCAUCUUGCACUGCAUUGAGAUUUCUAACCAUCUCUAACUACGAAGAACAGUUCUGCAUUCAUCCUACUACAAAUUCGAGACCGGUCGAGAAUACAUUCCUCGACCUCAGCCACCGACGUUCUCUGACCGAAAUCAAGACAUCUUCAGCAACUCUCAGCUCUGCUGAGCAUUCCACAGCUGCGACUCCAACGUCGCUCCGAGUAGGACGACUGGAGUAGCAGAUUUGAUAAGCAUUCCGGAGGUGUCUCAUAGGAGGAAGUACAAUGGCCGACAGAAGGUUUCAGGUUGGGUGGAUGAGACUGAUACCUUUUCUCGGAUACCAUCAUGUGCUCAUGAUAUUGAUUGCAGUUGCUAUUAUAUUACUUUCACUGUUAUUAGCAGGAUGCUCGUCGUCAUCUCCCCUCAUACCCGAUAUAUUCCUCAUCUCCAUUUACUAUCAAAAAUACACACCACAACCGUCGACAGCACAAGUAGACUACAAUGCUUAUAAUGCAUUGGCAGUUGUGGCGGGAGAUGCAGUGUUGGCAUGUCGAGUAGGAUACUUUGGCAUCUGUAUCAAUCCAGAUGGAGGAUCUUGGCUUUGCAGUAACAAUGCCACCGCAUUGGCGAACGAGAUCUCGUUAACACAAGAUCCCCUGAAUCUGAUUUGGCUCGCAAGUCAGUUCAAAGAUAUGAUCGUAUUCCCCUACCUCAUUAUCAUUGCCAUCAUCUUCGCAUUCAUAUGCCUACUUCUCCUAGCAACUUUUCCUGGAUGGCACGAAGAAGAAGAUGCCCACGGCAGCGAACGAGAAGUCAAACCAUUCCCCUCGAGACCUGUCUCUCAAAUAGCUUUGGCAAUUAUCUUCAUUGCCUCGAUAUUCGUACUCGUAUCAGUUCUGUGGCAACAUACAGCCUCAGUUGCAGCAUCCAUUAUUGCCCAAGACUUCGGAAAUGGUAGUGUCAAGAGCGGUGUCGGAACCACAGCCAUGGUCCUAGGUUGGUUCGGAUUCGCAUUGCUGAUCAUCGUUACUAUCGGAUUGCUGGUUAUGAUUUUGAGUAUCAGGGUUCUAAGCGAGACGUUUGCAUAGAGAAAAGUUCGCUUCCGUUUUCUGCUGCAUUAUAGGGGGUGGAGGAGGAAUUUGAUAACGAUACCUUUUGAGCGAGCAUGAUGAACACCUAUACCUAACGAUCACCACGACAGACAAGUGGGUGGCUCGUCCGAAAACAUGAGGAACCUUUUGAGUCGGUCGGUCCAGGCUGAUUUGUGUAUAAAUGGACGCAUUUGGGACGGAGUUUGACCAGACUUUGGUUGGUUUCGGGUUUUGAUUUUUACGCGCUAUGAGAGGAAAGGGGUAUGUGAUGAGGAAGGUUGAGAUGAUUGGGAUGUGAUGUUAAUGAUAUGAUGGGUCGGGACCACUUGGCCUGUAUGUAGGGAGUAACGAAGGG